AUGUCGGCUAUUAAACCACCGCCACCCCUCCAACCACCUCCCACAAAAACCCCUAGCAAAACCCUUAAUGCCAUUUCGAUCCCUUCACAUUCCUCCAGGCAAAACAAGACCGCCAUUAAAUGCGAGCUCACUGAUUCUCCUCAGAAGUGGACAAUUGACUGUGUUUCUUCGGGCGACCCAAUUCACAUCAUUCUGAAACCCCCUAUUCCAAUGGCCUCUUCAACCUUUGGUUUGGAUCCUUCAAUUAAGAAUUCCAAAAGAAUUUGCCUUUUUUACUGCUCGGAAAUGAGGGAUCUUGCUGAAAGAAUUGCGGCAGAAUCUGACGCUAUUGAGCUCCGUAGCAUCACCUGGAGGAAAUUUGAAGAUGGAUUUCCUAACUUAUUCAUAUCCAAUGCUCAUGGAAUUCGUGGACAACAUGUAGCUUUUCUAGCUUCAUUUAGUUCCCCUGGAGUUAUUUUUGAGCAAUUGUCUGUUAUAUAUGCACUGCCAAAGCUGUUUGUCUCAUCCUUCACACUUGUCCUGCCAUUUUUCCCCACGGGCACAUCUGAACGUAUGGAGGAUGAAGGAGAUGUUGCCACGGCUUUCACGCUGGCCAGAAUCUUGUCAAAUAUUCCAAUUUCAAGGGGUGGACCCACCAGUUUAGUAACUUUUGAUAUUCAUGCCUUACAGGAGAGAUUUUACUUUGGUGAUAAUAUUUUACCAUGCUUUGAUAGUGGUAUACCGAUGCUCUUGAAUAGGCUUCAACAGCUCCCGGACUCUGACAAUAUAACCAUAGCCUUUCCAGAUGACGGUGCAUGGAAACGCUUUCAUAAGCAGCUGCAGCACUUUCCAAUGGUCGUUUGUGCUAAAGUUAGGGAAGGCGAUCAACGAAUCGUACGCAUUAAGGAGGGAGACCCCAAGGGACGUCAUGUUGUAAUAGUUGAUGACCUUGUGCAAUCUGGUGGCACACUAUCAGAGUGUCAGAAAGUAUUGGCCAAACACGGAGCUACAAAAAUAAGUGCCUAUGUGACACAUGGUAUUUUCCCCAACAGUUCUUGGGAGCGGUUUAAACACGACAAUGGAGGGAACCCCGAGAAUGGGAUGACAUAUUUCUGGAUUACAGACUCGUGUCCAAAGACAGUGGAACAUGUUAAAAACAAGGCUCCAUUUGAAGUUCUAAGCCUUUCUGCUUCGAUAGCAUCUGCCCUCCAGGUCUAA